CUGUGUACGUUCUGUGUGCCUGAAAUUCAUCAAGGCGGUAUUAUUGUACGUAAACACAACGAUAUAAUUGUAACAAUAAUAAUUUUCGCGCGCCUAAAACUGCCAGCCGUUAGAGACGUACUUAGUAGUGUGUGCCCGGCGCCCGACCUAACGUACCUCGUCGUAUCUUCUCGGCCCUCGACCAUCGUUAAAAUUUAAAAAAAAAAAAUAAAAUAAUUGUGCGUACGUAUAACAAUAAUAAGUAAGUAAAUAAAAUGUGGCACCCGGCACCGUACGCGGGCAGCUGUCCCGCCCAGACGAUGACGUUCCUCACGUUCGUCAUGGCCAACAUGGGCCUCAGCACGGACUCGCUCUUCACGCCGGCGGCCCAGUCGCCGCCGAUCGAUCAGCAGCAGCAGCCACAGUCACACUUCUACGACUUCAUCAUCGUCGGCGGCGGUAGCGCCGGCUGCGUCCUGGCCAAUCGACUCUCGGAGAUCAGCGACUGGCGUAUUUUACUGCUCGAGGCCGGCGAGGAGGAGCCCAACGUCGCCAAGGUGCCCGGCUUCUGGCCGAUACUGCGCAAAAGCAGCAUCGACUACGCGUACCAGUCGGCGCCCGAGAGGAGGGUGUGCCAGGCGAUGCCCGGCAGGGCGUGCAAUCUGCCCCGGGGCAAAGUGCUGGGCGGCACCAGCACCAUCAACGACAUGAUCUACGCGCGCGGCAACAAGGCGGAUUACGACGAGUGGGCCGAGAUGGGCAACGAGGGCUGGUCGUACGAGGACGUGCUGCCGUACUUCAAAAAGUCCGAGGAUCUCAGGGAUGCGGAGAUCCUGAAGGAGAGCGGCCCCCGGUAUCGCGGCACCGGCGGCUACCUCAAGAUCGAGAAGCUGCCCCACGACGACCCCAACACCCGAGUGCUCCUCGACGCCUGGAAGGAGCUCGGCCUGCGCGAGAUCGACUACAACGGCGCCGAGCAGCUCGGUGCGGGUCGCAUCCAGCACACCGCGAUCCACGGCACCCGGCUCAGCAGCAACGGCGCCUUCAUCCGACCGAUCCGCGCCGAGCGUCCCAACCUGCACGUGCGCACGCGAUGCACGGUGCGCCGCGUCAUCAUCGAUCAGCAGGCCAACUGUCGAGCCAUCGGCGUCGAGUACUCGGACGAGGUCGCGCACAAGGUGUACCACGCGAUGGCCAAGCGCGAGGUCAUCCUCUCGGCGGGCACCUACGAGUCGCCCAAGCUGCUGAUGCUGUCGGGUAUCGGGCCGAGGGUGCAUCUGCACGACGCCAAGAUACCGGUGAUGCGCCACCUGCCCCAGGUCGGCGAGAACUUUCACGAUCACGUGGCGCUGCUGCCGUACAAGUACCGGAUCGCCGAUCCGAGCCGGCAGAGGCCCCGCAGCAUGCGAGGCGUGCACAACGACCUCGUCUACUGGAUGCAGAUGAGGGAGGGACCCCUGGCGGGACUGGGAUUGGAGUCGACCCUCUCGUUUCAUCAGACGCCGCUGACCAACGUGACCGGGGCGCCGGACGUUCAGAUAGGCUUCGCCGGCCAGGUGGGCGCCGAUGUGCCCUGCGCCGAGGCCUUUGCCGCCAGCACGAUCUCGUACUACAACGAGAUCGGCCAGUUCGUGGCGCUGCUCAAGCCCAAGAGUCGCGGUAGCGUACGGCUGGAAUCGCGAGAUCCCUGGAUAGCCCCGCCCGUCAUCACGCACAACAGUCUCAGCCAUCCGGACGAUCUGGCGACGCUGCUCGAGGGCGUCAAGAUCGCCCGCAAAGUCGCCGACACCAAGGCCUUCCGCGCCGCGGAUUUCCGUAUCCUGCCGGGUGCUUUGUGCCCCCAACACAGCAUCGACACGCCCGAAUUUCUGGACUGCCUCGCCAAGAACUCGACGUUCCCGAUCUAUCAUCCGGUGGGCACUUGUCGAAUGGGCCGCGACUCGCGAGACAGCGUGGUGGACUCGAGACUGAGGGUGCACCGGGUCCCGGGCUUGAGGGUGGUGGACGCGUCGGUGAUGCCGACCAUAGUGAGGGCGAGUAUAAACGCGGCGGUCUACAUGAUCGCCGAGAAGGCCGCGGACAUGAUCAAGGAGGAUCAUCAAGUGAUGCAUAUGAUGCCGGCCGCAGCGGCGGCUUGAUCGUGUAAUGACUUUUUUUAUGUAUGUUUGUGACGCGCUUUAUUGUGUAAAAAUUGAACUAUUAUUAUAAUUAUUUUAUUUUUUAUGUAAAAUGUACAUAGACAACUAGUAAGAAUUUUGACUGAUUGUUUUUUUAACAUAAAGCUAGACGACGAUAUACGA